AUGCACGAAGAAGCCGAACUCCCCUAUCCGCUACGGUGGCAGACCCCAACCAAUCCUCCACUUCGCUACGCCGGUACUUCCACUAAAGUCACCCCUAAGCACAACAAGCCUGUCACCACCUCUUCUCCAGAUCCUGUACCAGGCCCAGGGGGACCGCCUCUAACAAACGACAACGAUCCUCCUGUGGUUGAUCAAGUCGGUCAAAAGGACAACCCAUUUUGGAGCGCCGAGUCUUCCGCCGACGCCAGCAUUGGCAUUGAUAUGUUCAAGCAUGGCAGUUCAGUCUACGUGCCCUCUGAGUACCGACUCCUGGCACAUGUCUUCAAGAAGCUGACUUCACCUGACACUCCUCCCGCCGUUCAAGACUGGAUGAAAAUCCUUGGGAGGGGAACAUCGCAUCAACUGUCAGCUCUGACUGGUACAGGGGAGCGCACUUGCAGGAAGGCAGUAGCUUUCGCAGAAACUGGAUCCAUUGACAAGGAGGAGAUUGACCGACCGGGACGACCUCUAAGUGAACUGGACGAGAACCUUGCAGCCAAGAUUCGCGACAUCAUCACUCGAUCUAACAAAAAGACAACGCCUUUAGUGGAAGGGCCUGAGGAGGAUGAGGAGAACUAUGAAGAGAUGGUACUGAGUGUGGAUCUUAUGGGAGAAGAGGCAUGGACAAGAGCCCUUGAGGUGGUAAACGCUGCUGAUCCCUAUGAAAAUGGCAACCUUUUCAUUAUGGAGCCGUCAUCAACGGAUGAUCUAGAGAACGACCGCGACGAUGUCCACGAUGGCUAUGCAGGCAUCGGGGAUGAUGGUGUUGAAAUUUGUCUGGCCGAGGAUGGCCUCAGGAAGUAGCUCCAUUGAAAAAUAUAUCACCUUUUGGG